UUCGGCUGCCAGUUGUUGUGUGUGGAAUGAUAAGUUAGGCCGGUCAGACAGGACCUAUCAUCUCCAAAGUCUGUUUCCACUACUGUCGAUAUGUAUCAUACCGUAGGUACACCUGUACGCGAUGGUACGAGAUGGUUGCUGUUUCCGAUGUCACACACUAAUGGUCCAGCGACUGAUAUUCCCAUUGCUGCUUGGGGUGCUUCCGUCACUCAACACAGGGCUUCCAUUCUUCGGGAGCUCAGGUGGUAAGCCCCGCCCGGCGCCAAAGUGCGCCGAGACCCAAGCGGACAAUGGCACGAUCGUCAACCCGCUCUCCUGGCAGCUGAAGUAUGUGAACGAGACCGAGACGCUUCGGGACGUGGCGGCGCGCCUCGCUACGCUCGACGCCGCGCGCCGGAGGAUCAUGGGCUCAAAUAGCUUGCGGUCUCAAAUCCCCUGCAAUUUUGGCAAGGUCAAAAAUGCCUUCUGCGACAGCGUGAGGACCCCGGCGGCGCGAGCCGCGCACGCAACACUCGCACGCAAAGUUGAGCUGGCCCUCGACCGCCCAGUCGUCUUCUACCGCCACGAGGGCGAUUGUGUUCAAGGCCGCCGUCGUCUCCAGGGCCGCCGUCGUCUUCUUGACGACAGCAAGGAGUGCCCUGGUAGCUUCGGUGGAUCCAUUGGCAACCACGUCGGGAACUACUUCCGCGCAAGAGCGUGCGCGCGGAUGGGGGGCAUGGACUUUGUCUUCUUGCGGUUUCUCCACGCGUGUCCCCACGAACCCUACGUCUGGCUGCCGGCCGUCGUGGCCACAUCCGCCGCCGCGCAGCCCGAGGCAACCGCCUUUGCGCACGGGUACACGGCCGCCUGCACGAACAACCAGCCGUGGAUCCACAUGUCGCCUAGCUGGAUCCCCGCCGCGCGCCAGGGCGGUCUCGACAUCCGACGCAUGACGGCCGCUUGGGCGGAGCGCGAGGGCUUCCCCGGUGACGCGCCCCUCGACGACGUCGCCAUUCACCUCCGCUGCGGCGACGCGCUAACGCAGGCCCACGGGCAAUACGGACUCCUCCAUUUCGGAGCCCUCGCGGAAUUCGUGCCGAGGACGCGACCGUCGACGGUCGGCCUCAUCUCGGAGCCGUACAAGAGCUUCUGCGCGGAAGGCGAGGCCGGGGCCCGUGCCGGCCUCCCAGAGAAGCGCUCGGAGCACUCGGCCCGGUGGUGCAGCUGCCCCUGUGCGGCCGUGGUCGAUGCGCUUGUCGACGCGCUCAAGGUUCUGCGGCCGCUCGCAUGAGUCAGUGUUGAUACAUGCGGGCCUAUUCGAACUCAGCUUAAUUUCCGCACAGGCGACGGUGACGGUCCACGAACGCGACCUGGUCAUGGCGUCGUGGCACCGCCUUGCAAACGCGCCGACGGCUUCGAUAUGUAUUAGUUCGACGUUUUGCAUGUGGCCCGUGCUCGGCGCGCGCCACGGAUAUUUCAUGCAGGGCCCCCUCUUUCCGCGUGCUGACGAGAUAUCCGAUAAAGUUCCGACCCUGGGUAUCAUCAAGAGCCCCGGUCUUGUUUCCUACCAUACCAUCGGCACGAAAAACCUCAAACGGUGCGGCACGUCGGUCGCGACGAUGCGACGCGCCAUCGCCCAGCGGCUGAUGCCCAAGGGCGCUCAGCUCUCCGCAAACGCGACUCAAGCCGUUACGAUCCGCGGGGCUACGUUGCCACCCGCGGACGGCGUCUGGUGAAUUUCAAAUAAAUUGAAAUAACUACUAGUCCGACGGCCUGGUGUUGGAGAGUGGUUCUGGACGUGGUUCGUCGAGGAAUGGUGCGUUGUAUUUGCGAAACCUCGCGCUUUCCUGUCGCACGUGGUUUGAGCCUCGAAGGUCAUUGCAACUUCUUAAUGGGUGACGUUUUACCUCACGAGACUGAGAAUACUGUGUAUAGAUACCUUAUUGCUAUUUCGAAGCUCCGGUUGGGCAUCCUGACCGAGCAGGGAGAAGGCUCUUAGGAUGGUGGUCGAGGAGCUCCAAAUUUCUGAGCAUAAGGCGAAGAAUAGCGAAGCCCGUCGGUUCCUUCUGGACCAAGCUAACCUUCGGUACCUUUUUUCGUACUGUCCGCCCGAAAUCAGGAACGUCUGUGACGCCUACUUCAUUAAUCCGAGGGUCGCGGACCUCAGAAACUUCACAGGAAGGUCCCGUCGUCCGGCCGGUCGCUAGCACCCGCGAGUGUUCUCCCGCAGGGCACGGUUAGCCCGCCCAACAUGGCCGGGGCCUUCACUAGUCUUGUAACGUAUGUAUGUGUAGUAGAAAUAGGAGUCCGAGGCCUCUACUAGACACUACUUGAUCCGAGUCGGCGAGGUCGGAUCCGAGUCUCAAUUUUUAGUGCCCGGGCAUCGGGUCUGCGAAUAAGGGUCUAUACACGACAGGCUACAAUGCGGGCCGGCGGCAUUCCGAUCUUGAGCACAAGACACGA